AUGAAAAUUGCUAAUGACAUUGAAAAUUGUUACACUGAUGCUAGCUUUGAUGAGGAAGUUAAUAGGCAGGCUGUUAUUAAUAUGAUGCUUACCAGAAAAAGCGUUCAGCUUCAGCAGCGAAGUCGUAUAAAGUGGCUCCAAGACGGGGAUAGAAACACAGCUUAUUUCCAUAAGGCGCUUCGGCAUCGGAAUUCUGGAUUGGUUAUUAGUCAUCUCAACAUAGCGGGUGUCGUUGUGUAUGAACAGUCGGCUAUUGAGCGCCACAUUGUGGAACAUUUUACUAACCUUUUUUCGCAGGGGGAGGCUAAUAUUGUGGAUGUGGUUGAUAUUGAAGCAAAUAUGGAUUUGCAGGUCAGUGAGGCACAUAAUAGGGGUUUGAUUGAGAUACCUUCUGACGAGGAAAUAUCGGCGGCUGUUCAUACCAUGGAGGCUAGCAGUGCUCCGGGACCAGAUGGAUUUUCGGGGGUGUUCUUUCACCGUUGCUGGGAUAUCAUUAAGGAGGAUAUCGUCCGGGCUGUGCGUUGCUUCUUUCUGAAUUCCUAUCUACCUAAUGGUUGCAAUGCUAAUACUCUGGUUCUGAUUCCUAAAGCGGAGGCGGUGGCCUCAGUUUCGGAUCUCAGACCGAUCAUUCUUUCGAACUUCUUCUUCAAGAUCAUCUCCAAAGUUCUGGCGGUCAGGCUCAACAGAGUUGCUUCUGAUAUUGUUUCUCAGAAUCAAUUUGGUUUUAUCAGUGGUCGGUCUAUCCACGAUUGCAUCAUGCUCGGUUCUGAAGGUUUUAAUUGCAUGAACCGCACCAAUCACAGCGUAAACAUGGCUUGCAAGAUUGAUAUUAGGAAAGCGUUUGACACCAUGCGAUGGGACUUCAUUCUCAAAGUCUUUCGCGUUUUGGGUUUUCAUGAGAAAUAUAUUCAUUGGCUUUCCAUAAUCUUUAGUUCUGCAAGAAUAUCAAUCUUAUAUAAUGGGCAUCUCAGUGGCUAUUUUGCUUGCACCAGAGGGGUCAGACAAGGGGACCCACUUUCUCCCAUUAUCUUUGGCAUCGCCGAGGAUAUGCUUAGUCAUCUGAUCUUGAAUUGUGUUGCUGCGCGGCGUCUUACUCCGAUGAGUUUCAGUAGAGCUACGUUGUUUCCUACGCAUUUACUUUAUGCGGAUGAUGUCCUUAUCUUUUGCAGGGCAUCCAUUCGUAACGCCAAAACGAUAAGACAUAUUCUGGAAUACUAUGGAGAGCUGUCUGGGCAAGUUUGUAGCUUGGAGAAAUCACGCAUUUAUUUUGCAAAAGGGGUCUCUUCUUCCUUGAAACGCGGCAUUAAUCGUGUUUUGAGUUUCACUCAAGGGAGUGAUCGCGUUACUUAUCUGGGAGCGCCGCUGUUUGUGGGGAAACCGAGGGCGUCUCAUCUCAUGAGCAUCAAAGACAGGAUUGUUCAAAAAUUUGCCAGAUGGGCUGGUCUGCAUCUCUCAAUGGCCGGGCGCAUCUGCCUUGUGAAUUCGGUCAUUCGGAGCUCUUUAACUCACACCAUGAUGGUUUACAGCUGGCCAAAAUCACUCCUUCAUGAGAUUGAUCGCAAAUGCAGGAAUUUUAUUUGGACGGGGAAUACUGAGCAAAAACCUUCUUGCUCGGUUAAAUGGAGCAGAUGUUGCGCUAGUAAAGAAGAGGGUGGUUUGGGGUUACGCUCGUUUACUUUAAUGAACAAGAGUUACCUCAUGAAGAUUGCUUGGAGUUUGAUCAAAGGAAAUUCUUUUGUCCACAAAGUUCUUCGUUCUCGCUAUCUCACUUCUCAUGGUUAUGCUAAAGAGAAUGUGGCUAACUCUUCGGUCUGGAUUGGUUUGAAACAUGAGAUUAAUGUUCUUGUGGAUGAUUCUUAUGCAGUGGUGGGGAAUGGUACGUCCACUCUCUUCUGGCAUGAUGAUUGGCUGGGGUACAGGAUUCGCGACAAAGUUGGUAUACCACCUUUUUUAUGGAAUUUUUUGCAGCAAAAUAUUUCAGAUUAUUUUUUUGAUGGUUGUUGGCAUUUCUCGGCAAAUUUUGUUGAAAAUUUUCCGGAGAUUGUGUGUGAUAUUCUUCUCAUCCCGUUGGGUAAUGUGCUUGAUGAACGUUUCUGGAAACCUUCGCUGCGCGGGGAUGUCACCUCUUCACUGGCUUUUGCUAAUAUUUCGAAUAGAUACCCCAAAGGACUGAUUGCUCCUAAUGCUUGCCAUUUUUGCCUCAUCGAUGCGGAGUCUAUCAAUCAUAUUUUUUGGGCUUGCACUAGGAUAAUGCCGAUUUGGGCAACGUUCCUGGGUUGGUUCCGACAGUCCCAUUUGUUAGAUUGCCCUGAUAUUCAUAGCUUCUUGGUUUUGGCGUGGAACAUUUCCUUUAGCUCUUUACUGCAGAGGUUAUGGAAGAUUGAGAUUCUCAGUAUUAUCUGGAUGAUUUGGACUAGCAGGAAUGCCUGUAUCUUUGAGGACCAGAUUUUUAAUUCCAUGAAGGUCCUUAGCUUCAUCAAGACGGCUUUCAAGGAAGCGGAGGGUUCACAUUCGAACCUUGGGUAUAUGGCGAACGAGUGGAGCGAAUAUCUCACUUUACGAUCCAUUGGGGUCUCUUCUCGGCCAGCGCCUCCCCCGGAUUACGUCUCGGUUCAUUGGUGGCCACCGGACGUUGGCUGGAUCAAAGUGAACACGGACGGCUCUGCGUCCGGAUCUCCGGGUUUAAUUGCUGGCGGUGGAGUGUUUAGGGAUCAUGCUGCCAUGGUCCGAGGUUGUUUUCAUACUAAGGGAGGCUCGGGAUUUGCUUUCGAAGCCGAGCUACUUGCGGUUAUUACAGCCAUUGCGAUAGCUUACAACCGGGGAUGGCGCAAGCUUUGGCUCGAGGCAGAUUCUUCGUACGUAGUUGGUCUUCUUCAACAGCGCACGAUGGAGGUUCCUUGGCGUUUUAUCAACUAUUGGAAGGAAACGUUAGCUCGUCUGCAGGAGAUCACGUUUCGUGUCUCUCAUAUUUAUCGAGAAGGGAACGCUGUGGCGGACAUUAUGGCCAAUCCUGCUAGACAAGAGGGGUGGUGGAAUAAUGGUAUUGAGGUCAUUGAGGAAGCGGUCAUCCGUGACAUGGCUAGCCAUAGUCACACUCGACGCAUCUAG